AUGUUCUGCUACUCGGAGGGGCUGGUGGCCGCCUUCUCGGCCGUGCUGGUGGCGACGCUGGCGCUGAGCCGGAGCGCGGCGCUCUCGUCCCUGCUGACGGGCGGCCUCUACCUGGCGCUGCGCCUCCUCAGCCUCGAGCCCGCCGCCCCGCAGCGCGCCCACCUCAUCCUCCAGCCCCGCCAGAGCCCCGCCCGCAUCGCCCACCGCGGCGGCAGCCACGACGCCCCCGAGAACACCCUCGCCGCCAUCAGGCAGGCAGCCGAGAAUGGAGCAACAGGUGUGGAACUGGACCUCGAAUUCACUGCCGAUGGUGUUCCUAUCCUGAUGCAUGAUGAAACAGUUGACAGGACCACUGAUGGGUCUGGCAGCUUACGUGACUUGACCUUUGCUGAGGUCAGAAAAUUUAAUCCAGCUGCUAAACACAGAUUGUGGAGAGAUUACCGUGGUGAAAAAAUACCCACACUGAAAGAAGCCGUUUUGGAAAGCAUGCAUUAUGACCUCAUCAUUUACUUUGAUGUCAAGGGCCACGCAGACCAGGCAGUUGCAGCCCUAAAACACCUUUACCAGGAAUAUCCUCGGCUGUACAACACUAGCAUUGUUUGUUCUUUUAUGCCAGAUGUCGUCUACAAGAUGAGGCAAGCAGAUCGGAACGUUGUGACAGCGCUCACUCACAGACCGUGGAGCUUCAGUCACUGGGGAGACGGGAGGCCUCGCUUCAACUCCUUCUGGAAACACUACUUGUCUCUCGCUCUGGAUGUCGUCAUGGACUGGAGCAUGCACAAUUUCCUGUGGCACUUCUGUGGGGUUUCCGCUUUUCUGGUGCAGAAAAACUUCGUUUCGCAGGAGUACGUGAGACAGUGGUCUGCCAAAGGGAUCCAGGUGGUCGGUUGGACAGUCAACACCAUUGCUGAAAAAAUGUACUACGAAAAUGUUCUCCAGGCCAGCUACAUCACCGACAGCUUAAUUGAGGAUUGUGACCCCCACUACUAGCUCCCAGCCUUCACUGGACUCUUCCGGGUUUGACUUAUUAGGCAGACUGAUGUCAAUCAGCAUCGGUGCUUCAAGGGAUUCAGAUGAUCAUGGGUGCGCUUGUUUUCUUGGACUGGGCUACCCCAAUCCAAAACCGCCUCCAGAUUUUCUCCUUUUGCCACCCUGAAUAAGAGACCUCAAAGUACAAUUGUUUUUGAUCUUGAGAAGAUCUGAGAUUUUCAAUGGUGAGAAGAAAGGGCCCAUGCAGCUCUCCCUCCAAGAAUCAGACUGGCAUUACUGACUUUGCAACAAUAUAUGUGUAGGAUUUGCAGAUUUACUAAGUUGAGCUGCUUAUUGGGACUAAGCUCUGAUAUUAGAUCUCUCUAAAUCAUCCUUGUUACUUGAAUCAUAUUUAUCAGCCCAACUUAAGACGGGAAUCUGGAGAGGAGGCCUGUCGCUCGGACCCAAGAGCUUGCCCUUCCUCCUCCCCUUCUCUCUGAAAUCUAGGGGCUGUGCUGGAAAAUAAUAUAGUGUAUCUGAUCACUUUAGCGUCCACCGGCAAGGGUGCGUCUACUGAGGGGCAUGCCAUUAAAGGCCAUUAGUGGAGAAUCAGGACCAGGAAACCGUCUAUACAACAAAUAGGACUAGGCAUGCUGGGUCUUUACUGGCAUAUGCUGCUCCGGAUGGGCGGGCAACGUAACUUAGUGGCCUGUACAUAUCAGCUUCCAAAGUCACAUCUGAUCCUAAAGACACAGCUUUUUUAUUUGGAUCCCUGGGGUCCAUACCCAAGACAAGAUCCAAUAUCUUAGGUGAAAAUUAUUUUUCUUGUAAAUCUUUCUAAGGAUGGUCCUUUGAACAAGAUUCUAGAUUCUGUGGCGGCGGAGGUGGGUUAAAAAUCAGGGCCUUCUUGCAGAUUUAUUCCCAGAACAUUUUAGGCUAAUUGAUUUUCAGAAUUAUUCUGCCAUCUGUAUUCCAGAGAUCAAUCCCAAAUGCAGUCCUGUAAGUAUUAAGUAUUACUUUACUGCAUUGGAAUUUUCUGAAAAUUUCAUCCUUUUUUGCAUAGCUGGUAUGGGAAAUGGGGAAGCAAGCAGAAACAUUAACCCGCUUUGAAGAACGAGACCGCAAUUUAGACUGUACGUGGGGAAGGUUUAAAUAAGAUCGACGAUCAGCUUCCCAGGUAGCCACCAGCCUAUUCAGAAUCUGGGUACAAGCAUAUUUAAAACUCCCAAUUUUCCCCUGUGUAUUCCAGCAGAGGGAAAGAAACUGAAAGACAUUUUUAGGCGACGCCUAUGAAUUUGGUGUUAGAAACUAGCUUUUACAUGAAGAUAGCCAUGCAGCAAUUGCACAAUUGAGAUGAAAAGGGGAAAAAGCCCCAAUUUAGAUAGCAGAUGCAAUUACAGUUCCAGCAAAUAGGCACUUCUCAGCCUCCUCUUGUUGGCAGUUGACCCGGUAACCUGUCUGGGAGGAGUGGCUGGGUCAGCUGGCAGUCGAACUGCCCCUGGUGUACAGGGCCAUGGGCACGUGUCAGCCAAGCCUCGUAGCUAGGUGCCACAGGCAGAGGGGGCCACUGGGGAGGGGACCAUGGGGGUGAGUGCAGAAACUGCAGAGGCUGGGGGGCCAUCUCUCUCUCUCCUGCCUGAUUUAAAGAGUCUGCCAAUCAGCUGAUUGGUGGGCACUUUGAAUGGCAUGGGAGGGGCAGUGGCAUAAUUUAAAUUACACAGGAGGGAGGGUGGCCGUGGGAUAGGGGUGAGGGCCCCCAAAAACCUGUCAGGGGGCCAGGCCCCACGGGCCCCUGGUUGGCUGCGUGCCUGAUUUAAUUGCACCUGCCAAGUCAAAACUGACAAAACAGCUCUGUUCUGCAAAGGAAAUGAGCUCCGCAAUGAUUUACCAAAAAAUAUAUAAGCUAAAGGAGAUUGAAAAAAAGAGAUGAAAAAAGAAACAUGAAAUGAGAUUUCUAUUUCCAAAUUGCAGCAUAAAUUGCACCAGAAGACAAGGGUUAUUUUUAAUUCUUAUAUAAUUUCCGUUAAAAAUACUGCGAUUAGAACAGCAAUAAUUCAGUUCAGAGAGAAGGAUACCACAGAUGUCCACAAAACUGUGCCUGGCAAUUCUCACCAGGGACACUGAUCCAGUGCUCCAUUUUUUAAAAAAUGGUCCAUUUCCAUGUUCCUUCAAGCAUGUGAGUGAUCCUGGACUUAGAAAAGGGUGGGGGGGGGGGGGGUUAGAAAUCAGCAAACUAUUUCAGUCUCUCGAUAUAUUUCACUGCACUGUGUUCUCAAAAAUCAUAAUAAAUUAAACCGCAACCAGU